AUGAAUCCGCCGAUGUCUCACAGCUCCACGAUACGUGUACGAACCCCGACUGCAGCAGUCUCAUUGGAAGAAGCACUUCACCCUCAAGCUUCUCGAAAACGAAGCAUCGAUUCUUCCCCCGGAUCAGGAUCCAAUGGAACGCCCAGUGACAACUAUCGACGAAAAUCUCAAAAGGUCACCAGAGCCUGCGACCACUGCAAGCGACGCAAGGCAAAGUGUAGUGGCACGAUCCCGUGCGCCAAAUGCUCCGACAGAGGCCUGACGUGCAUGUAUGAUGCACAGUAUUCUCGUGGGCGUCCUCCAACGCCGCCCCUAUCCGAUGCCCAGCAUGUUUCUGUGUUAGACAGAGUUUUCAACGGUGCGUCGUCCGGAAGCAGAACAGAACCUUCAGUACAACUGUCGAGAAGCAAUUCUGUCAUCCGCGUCUCCCAUAGGACAACUGGAGAGGGCUCUGGCCUGGCAUCCCGUGCUUCUCCAGAAGUGGGGUUGACCGAAGUCCAGGGCCAGGUAUCCGACCCAACGUCCGGAGUCACCUUUUUGCACAGAGCAUGGAAACGACUUGCUAAGCACCGGGAUCACAUGGCGCCCCGUGAUAAUGUCAACCAUGCCUCGGUGGAUGAGCAGCAACUUAUGCUGGCUGGCGACAGGCCGCUGCCCCAGGAAACAGACAGUGACCUAUACAAGCUCUCUCUUCCAAGUCAUGAGGAAUUGAUAAAACUUUCGGCUCUAUAUUUUGACGUUUGUAUUGCAACAUACAGGAUACUCCAUAGACCAUCCGUCGAAUCUUGGCUCCAGACAGUUGAAGACAACGUCAGACAGGGGCGUGUCGUGUGGCAAGGAGUUGGAAGGGCAAAGGCAUCUAUAGUUCUGGUUUGCCUCUCUAUAGCCAUCGCCCACGAGUCUCGAUCGAGGGAGGAUUCACAUCAGGAUGAAGAGCCCUCCCUUUCCAGGAGCGACCGUCUGUUCUGCGUCUCAGUUCAACUGGCCGAGACCCAGACAGGACUGCCCCAGCUCGAAUCCGCACAAACACGCAUCAUACAGACACUCUAUCUUCUCACUUCCUCGAGGAUGAACCGAGCCUGGUACACCUUCGGGAACGCUUUGCAGUUGAUCUCGGCACUUGGUAUGCACCGCAAGGCCGCAAAGGAACGGCAUUUGGCCAACUGUCCAGCCGACUACCUCCAAGCUCAGUUGCGUAUGAGAACAUUUUGGACCGCCUACAUUCUCGACAAGUAUCUUGGUGUCAUAUUUGGAAGGCCUCGCCACUACCACGAUGAUGACAUCGACCAGGAUCUUCCGGACCGCCUUGAGGAUGAGGACAUGACGAGUCAUGGGCCGACAGUCCCACCAGAGACAGGGCAAAUGGGUUGUCAUAUUGAUGCUCUCAUAUUUCAUACAAGAAUUGCUCGCAUUAUUGGUAAAGUGUCUCGAGAGGUUUAUUCUAUCAAGGAUAUCUCGGAAAGUGACAGAAUCAGUGCGGCGCACCGCAUCAGCAGAGAAAUCCAUGAGUGGAAAAAGAGUCUACCUCCCUAUCUAGGCUCCAUAUCACCAUCCAUGCUCGUUACAAGUUUCAGGCGACAGUCCAUCGUUUUGCAGUUGGGAUACUCGCACGCCAUCAUGCACACCAACAGGCCCUUCUUGCUUGCGACUCUUCGCCCCGAGAGCGAAACCCAAAUUUCAGAGUGCCUCGAUGCCGCCCGGGCCGUCCUGGAGUCUGUGGAUGGCCUUGCUGUCGAGAGGCCUCUGUUCCAUGCUUUCUGGUGGACGCAGUAUGUCACAUUCUGCGCCUUGGUUGUGUCGUAUAUUUGGGACAUCCAGCUCAAGAGGAGAGGCACAAUUCUUGCUGCGACCGAUCAGGCCAAGCAUUCGAGGCUGAUGGAGCUUGCUCGUAGAUGUCAGAUACAUCUUGCCGAGGCCACAGCUGCAAACUCGCCAAGUCGCAAGUACGCUGUCAUCCUUGAGGAAUUCUGCUCAGAAGCCAUGGGCCAGAAUGGUGCAGCGACAGAAUUAGCAGAGGCGAAAAAUGGGCAGCAGCAACACCAGCAGCAGAAUCAGCAGCAAUCCCAACAGUCCCAUGGUGACGUGAGCCAUGGGGAUUCCGUCACUGAUACCUCUCUUGAAACAUAUGAUGAUGAUUGUACUGGGAACAUGCUACAGACUGGAGGCGAGUCUAGUCAGUCAUUUGGCUACAGCCUGUUAGAUCAAUGGAACACCAACGACUGGCUUGACCUGGAUUCGUCAGCAUUCGGGCCUUUUAUGGCUGAUAUGGAUGCAAUAUCUGGCAACUGGUUGCCCAACAUGGCAUUAUGA